UUCCCCACGCCGCUGCCGCAGUCUCCCCGCUCUGACAUCCUCGAAUGGCGCUUCCCCAAGCCGUACCACAACCUGACGCUCACGGGGCGGUCGCGGGCGGCGUGGCACACGUCAUUCGUGAUCCCGCAGCUCAACCUGCUGCUCGACGCCGGCCUGGUGGUCAACAACCUGCGGCCCAAGCACAUCUUCCUCACGCACGGCCACAGCGACCACACGCUGCUGACGCCCGCCUUCGUCAAGCGCAGCGACCCGCCCGACAUAUUCUGCCCUGCCGAGAUGAAGGACGCCCUCGACGGCUUCAUCAACGCCAAGACGAUGCUGAGCGAAGGAGGCGGCAUCUGGCCCCCCGAGAGCAACGCCACCGCCACCAAACCACCACCACCACUCCACCCCCUCCUCCGCACGCACACCACCCACGGCCUGCACCCAGGCACCACCGUAACCCUGCGCCACCUCUCCCCACCGCCAACCUACACCGCGACCGCCUUCGCGUGCGACCACACGGUGCCGUGCCUAGGCUACCUGUUCAGCGCGGUGACGCCGAAGCUGCAGCCGCAGUACCGGGGCCUGCCGGGGGCCGAGCUGCGGCGGCUGCGCGAGGAGGAGGGGGUGGCGAUCACGGCGCCGGCGGCGGCGCCCGUGCUGGCGUUCCUGGGCGACGGCACGGCGGCGACGCUGCGCGACCGGCCCGAGACCGUCGGGCUGGACCGCGGCGUCGCGGUCGUCGUCACCGAGUGCAGCUUCCUGUGGGAGGAGCACCGCGCGCAGGCCGAGCGCACCAGGCACACCCUCUGGUCGGACCUCGAGCCGGUUGUGCGGCGCUGGCCGCGCACGGUGUUUGUGCUGGUGCAUUUUAGUUUGCGGUACUCGGAUGAGGAGAUCAGGAGGUUUUUUAGGGGGAGGGAGGGGCUCGGGAAUGUGGUUGUUUGGGUUGAUGGGAGGGGGGAUGGGGAGGGGGAGGGGAAA